GCGAAUCGAGACUGUGGGGUGUAUAAGGAAAAGCGGGCCCUGUGCAUUUACUCGGAUAAGAGGGUGAAGUUUGAAUUCCCGCCCCCUGUCUGUCCAAUUCACGGGACGGGAAUCCAAGUGCAGCACAGCGAGCCUCCUAUAAGACCCACGGGGCCACGGACUAUUGUGAAUUUCCCCCUGAUGGCGGCCCUUGGGGUUUAGUCAGGCCACAGCCUACACAUGGCUACAGCAGAGAGUCCUGCACGGGACAGUAUUUCUCCACCAACAGUGCAACCAGAGCUCACACAAGAGGAAAAAGUUGAAAAAGAUCACUUUUCAGAAAAGGACUUGAGCAAAGAGGAAGAAGUCGGUACAGUUUCUCUAGAAGAAAAGGAUGUCAAAAUCAAUAGCCCUCUUACACCUGGUUAUCGUUCGGAUGAGGAUGAUAAUUUAAGUGAGGAAAAGUCUCAGGACACUGAUAAUGAACAGGUACAAGAUGAAACAAAUUCUCCUUUUCAUAAUGUAGAACGUGAAGAGAGAGCCAAUGAUCUGAAUGAUGAGGCCUCCUCUGUAACAAGGGAGUUGGAUGAGCAUGAAUUGGACUAUGACGAGGAGGUGCCAGAAGAACCACCAGGUCUUGUUCAGGAGGAGGAAAAUGAAAAACUUGGAGCUGAUGAUGAAGAGGACAAGGAAAAAGCAGAAGACUCUCCCACAGAUAAGGAAAUAAAUGAUAAGGAUGAAGAGGCAGACAAUGAUGAAAAGCAGAAAGAUAACAAGAAAGAUGAUGAUGAGGGUGAUGCUGAUGAAGGAGAAAUUGAUGAUGAAGACUUGGAGGAAGGUGAAGUUAAAGAUCCCAGUGAUAGAAAAACAAGGCCAAGGAUUACUUGCAGAUUCUUCAUGAGAGGUCAUUGUACAUGGGGUAUGAGUUGCCGUUACCUCCAUCCUGGAAUGAACGAUAAAGGGAAUUAUUCUUUGAUUACCAAGCAGGACACUUUUUCAUCCAAUGGUACCCCUACUGCGGGUACUAAUCCUCUAGCACCAUCAAAUCCCUGGGGAGCACCUGCAGCUGAUGAAUUACUUCCACCAGUGCCUGAACCUCCUACAGAGAGUGCUUGGGAAAGAGGACUUAGACAUGCAAAGGAGGUGUUAAAGAAAGCCACAAUGAGGAAGGAGCAAGAGCCCGACUUUGAGGAGAAACGCCUUACUGUAAGCAUCGGAGAGGAGGAACGAGACUUUGAUAAAGAAAAUGAUUUUAUGCAUGACUGGAAUUAUCGAAUCACAAGAGAAGUUCGUGAAUCGGGGGAAGUAGAAUUUCGUGAAACUGUAAAACAUGCGUCAAACCCAUAUGCAGAUCCAUAUAAUGACUUUGAAAUGGAACCCUUAUGGCGAGGAGGCCAGUAUGAGAAUUUCAGAGUUCAGUAUACAGAAACAGAGCCCUAUCGCUACAGGGAAAGAGAUAGGGAAAGACUACGUGACCGAGAAAGGGAUCGGGACAGGGAACGAGACAGAGAGCGGCGUCAACGAGAAAGAGAACGUGAGAGAGAGCGGGACCGAGACAAGGAAAGACAGCGACGAAAAGAAGACUCGGAGAAAGAUAGGACCAAAAGAGAUGAGAAAGAGCGACAAAAAGACAAGGAAAAAGACAAAGAAAAGGAUAAAGACAAGACAAAAGUCAAGUCUCCACUCCUGGCAAGCCGCCCAACCGAUGCAGCCAAAAAGGAGGCCUCUACCACUGCUUUGGCAGCUACUAAUACUGCUACCUCUGCCACUGCUGCAGUUGCCGCUGCUGCUGCUACUUCUGCUUCCCCUGCAGCAACUGGCUCUUCACAAAUAAAAAGAGCAGAUGAGUGGAAGGAUCCAUGGCGUCGAUCAAAGUCUCCAAAAAAGAAGCUUGGUAUUUCUGUAUCACCCAGCCGAGGAAGGAGACGGAGGCGCUCAUCUGGCUCCUCUGCAUCAGGGUCCAACUCCUCAAGGUCAUCUUCCCGCUCCUCGUCAUACACUGGCUCCUCUCGAUCAUCAUCUUAUUCUUCAUAUUCAAGCCAAUCAUCCCGUCGCAGCUCAUUCUCUGGCAGUGCGUCCAGAUCGUUCUCCUCAUCUCCCUCACCUUCACCUUCUCCAAACAAACGACCCAUGAAAACCAAAGGGGAGCCUAAUGCAGCGAAAGGAGAAAAGCAAAUUGUGAAAAAGCCUGCUGCUCCGCCAGUGGCAGCAUUGACUGUGAAACCACCAAAAAGUGCUCCAGACCUCCCAAAACCAGGCGAUAAUAGAAUUGGCAGACCAAAGGAGAUGACAAGGAAACCACGUCCAAGGAGGAGAACUAUAAGCGGCAGUAUCAGUGGCAGUGCCAGCAGCUACAGUGGCUCGAGUUCUAGAUCUCGGUCGGGGUCUCGCUCACUCUCCAGAUCUUCUCGAUCCAGUUCCUCAUCUGUCUCACCUUCUCCGUCUGCUACCAGGAAAGUAAGAAAAUCUAGAUCCUUAAGUGUGAGCAGCGUCUCUGCUGCAUCAAGUAUUUCCUCUAGCAGCAGCUCUGUGCGCAGUGCAGACUCUGAUGAUAUGUAUGCUGACCUUGCCAGCCCCAUCUCUUCUGCUAGCUCCCGCUCUCCCACACCUGCCCACAACAAGAAGGAAAAAGGGGACAAAACUAAAAAAGAUCAAAGACUGAGUAAAGAAGAUCAAAGACUGAGUAAAGAAGAUCAAAGACUGAGUAAGGAAGAGCAAAGACUGAGUAAGGAAGAGCAAAGACUGAGUAAGGAAGAGAAAAGACUGAGUAAGGAGGUGCAGAGACUGAGUAAAGAAGAGAAGCGGUCACGAGAAGUGGGCCCUGUCCAGCCUCUUAAAGCUGCUCCUGCUAAAGUUGCAAAAAACAUUUCUGCUAAUAAACCAGCUCAACCGCCUCUUGUACCAGCAGCCCCGAGUGGCUUCAGCGCCCACAAGGACAUCAAACUGACUCUCCUUAAUAAGGUGGGAGACAAAGGGAACAGGAAACGCUAUGAACCAUCAGACAAGGACAAGCAGGCCUCGCCCCCUGCCAAAAAGCCUGCUUUGUCACCAGACAGAACUAUUCGAGAUCGCAAGCAGACCGCAAAACCACCAUCCCCAAAACCAGACCGCCAGCGGGUUCAAAAUCCAAAACCCGCCCCUUCUCAGACAGAGCGGAAACGCCCUUUGUCCCCACAGCUGAAGAGUUCAAGCAAAGUGACCAGCAUCCCUGGCAAAGGGCUCGAGGUCCCUCCUGUAUUGGCCAAGCCAGGCAAGCCCAGCACAUUAUCUCGCAGGGAAGAACUUCUCAAGCAGCUCAAAGCUGUGGAGGAUGCUAUUGCACGGAAGAGAUCCAAAAUUCCUGGCAAAGUAUAGCCACCAGCCCCAUGAGAAAUAAGAAGACUUCUGUUUUUAUACGUACCAUUUGAGCUCAACGGUGGCCACAUUCAGGGGCAUCCAGUCCCCACCUCUGUUUCAUUUAUUUUGGCCAUGAGUUCAUCUUAAUUUUGCAAAAGCAUGAAGUAGAGGAAGAUCAUUGUGGAAUAAAAUCUCUCCAUCAUCUUUGCUCUCAUCAUAUGGUUGCACAGGAACACAACUGAUUCCUCUCUGGAUUGUGAAUAUUCCAAUAUCUAGAGUAUGAGACACCUCGCAGUGGUGGUAAAAUGAUGUGUUUGAUCUUUCCUGUCGAUCAAUGAGUGGUUUUUUUUUGUUUUGUUUUUUAUUAUUAUUUUUAUUGUUUUGCUAUUUUGACUCUUGCAUUGCCUCUAGCAAAGAGCCUUCCUUCUCUAAACAGGAAAUGAAAUCGAUGCUGCCAGUCUCAUCAAAUCUUAGCAUCACCCCUCGUCCUCUGCUCUGUCUGUCCUCCAAGGAUGGCAAAAACUAUAAAUAUAUAUAUAUUCUCUAUUCAAUACUGAAUGAGAAUUAGGCAUAUUUUUAAUUUUAAGUCAUAGGCUGUUUUAGGUUAGAAAGGAAGAGGACAGACAUGAAUAGCUAGGAUGAAAACACCAAUGCAGUGCUGUUGUUGGGAUGUCAAUCUGUUGACUUGGACAUUUUUGGGGGAUGUGAUGUACCCCUGGAAUAAAGUAUUUUGAUAAAACA